UCGUUUUAGUGCUUCAUACGCAGUCAUGUGUUUAAAACACAAAAUCAAAGUUAUCUGUAAUGAAAGCUGGCAUCUGUACAAUUUAGGUAAUUAUGAUUAUGCUCGUAACGAUGUAAAAAUCACGAUUCGGGCAAACAUGACUUUCUUACCACGA